AUGGCAUCUACAAACCUCGCUUGGCGUCAGGUCAGUCCUGGAGUGUGGAGUCGCUCCAUCGAUGAGAUAGAGAAGUUCUACGCCACUAUGGUGGUUCUCUACGAAGCCAGUGGCCGCAUGUUCUUUGGCAUGACCGGACAUGUUUCCCUCUCUAUCAAGAUUCCCGAGGGUACUUCCCAAGAGCAGGCCGAGGGUGCUGUCGACAAGGCCUUGAGAAAGGCUUGGCUUGCUCUGAGAUAUGCUCAUCCCGCCCUUGCUGCCAAGGUCACCGAGAAUGUCAAAACAGGCGAAUGGACAAAGACCUACCGUCAGUUUGAAGAUGAAGUGGAUAAGGAUGCUUGGCUUGAAAAGACUCUUGUACACAUCUCGACUGGUCAAACUGGCAACGAGUGGGCCAACUCCGAUCCUCCCGCUCCCAAGGUCCCAACCAUGUUUGUCCUUGAUCUUCCUGCUGACGGGACUUCCACUGUUCGACGCGAUCUAGUCUUUCGCUCACCUCACGACAUUAUUGAUGGAAUCGGAACGCUGAUGAUGCUCAACAACUUUAUCACUCGCGCUGCCGAGGCUUAUGAGAAGGGCGACUCUUUCGAGAUUCCUGUCUUUGAUGGCUCUGAGAGCGCAAAUCUCAGUCCUUCGUAUCGACUGGCUGCCCAGGUUCCCUCUGAACUGAACGAGGCCCAGAAGAAGAGGAUUGAAGAAAUCACCGCCCAAAAGGCAGCUGUUGCCUCUGAUCCAGGCGUUGAACAUCUCGCUCUUCCGUUCAACAGUGGUCCUCUGCUGCCUGGUCGUCAUCAGCGCCUUGCUCUCACUCUCUCCCAAGAGGAGACGAAGCGUCUUAUCACAGCUUGCAAGGCUGUUGGAGCUACUCCGACACAUGUGUUCCAUGCCGCUGCUGCCAUGGUCAUGCGAGACGUCCAGGAGCCUCCUUCGGAGACGAAGCGUGUCCGGUACAUCAACUACAUUCUGCGCAAUGAGCGAGACAAAUGUACUGAGCCGUACAACACUACUCUUCACUCGGCAUCCGUCUAUCACUCGGUCUCGGGUCAGAGUCUCAUCGUUGAUAUGGACUUGCCGGCCGCUGGCACCAAGAUCGACCCCAAGCAGCGCCAGGAGGAAUUCCUGUCUGUUCUGGAGAACAUGAAAGAUUUUUACCACACCGUUAAGGAGGACAAAGAGCACUACAUCCUCACGCCCACCUUAUGGACUCUGGGCACGCCAACCCUUCCUCCUUCUCCUCGGCCUCUCCCUGUGCCUCCUCCCAAUGCUCAUCCGUCCGUGUCCAUCUCAAGCAUGGGCCGCACCGAUGCCAUCGUUGCUCCAGAGACAGGGGCUUUCAGCACCCAAGACCCUUGGGUGACUGGUGAGGAGCUUGGAAACGGACUGGGACUGUUCCUGGGCACUUCUCGUGGGGAAUUGUGUUUGAGUGCUGCGUAUAAUGAUGCGUGGCAUACGGCGGAUGAGGUACAGCAGUAUUUAGACCGUUGUAAGGAGGUGGUGUACUGGGGCUUGAGUAUCGAUGUUGCUUAG